AUGUAUUUUAGUUGCUCCAUUUGUGUUUUCAUCAUUCCCUCUCUAUUUCAAUCCUUCACUUUUAGUUCUGGAGAUGUACUUGUCACACCUCCACCAUUUACUAUUAAUCAAACAGCUCUCUUGCAAUAUUUGUCAUUGGGGAAUAUCACCAUUGAUUUACCAGCUCUUUAUGUGUUUGGAGACUCUUUUGUUGAUCCUGGAAACAAUAAUUUUUUGAAUACAUCUAUCAAGUCAAACUAUACUCCAUAUGGAAUCGAUUUUGAAGGAAUGCCUAGUGGUCGUACCACUAAUGGAAGAACCGUAGUCGAUUUCAUUGCUCAAGUAGUCGGCUUGCCGUUCCCUCCUCCAGCACUGGAUGUAUCGGAGGCCAAGAAGAACAGUCGGACCGGCGUUAAUUAUGGGUCUGCUUCCGGUGGCAUUCUCCCUAGUCCACCAUUGGUUGAAAAUCUAUUUGGGCAUGUUUUAAGCAUGGACGAACAAAUAGCUUUUUUCGAGAACACAACAAAAGACCUGAAGUGUCAAUUCAACAAUGCAGAAAGCUUUGCUCAACACUUGUCAAAAUCACUGUUUUUUUUCCACGUUGGGGGCAAUGACCUAGGCUUAUAUUGGGACCUCGAAAGACAUUCCAACUAUUCUGCCCAGAAAUAUUCUCAACUUCUCAUCGAUGAGUUAUCCAUGCAAUUGCAGAAAUUGUAUGAACUUGGAGUACGCAAGUUUUUUGUGAAUAAUGUGUCCCCAAUGGGGUGUCAACCAUAUAGUAUAGUGGUGGAAAAGCCUAAAACGACGCAGUGUGUCGAGGAAAUGAACGCGAGAAUAGUGAACUUCAACAAGCAAAUUCCUCCUUUGUUAUCACAUCUGCAAUCAACUCUUCCUGGAUCUAAGUUUGUUUUGGGAGAUCUUUAUAAGAUUUAUGAAGAUGUGUUUGCAUCACCUGCUUCCUAUGGAUUUACAAAUGUAAAGAAGUCUUGUUGCAUUGAUCCAUUCAGAAAUCAAACUAGACCAUGUGCUCCAAAUGUAGAACCAUGCAAGGAAAGAAAUCAACACGUAUUCUUUGAUCCAUAUCAUCCCAGCGAAAAUAUGCAUUUUGUAAUUGCAAGGCGAUUUUUGAAGGAUUCGUCGGUUUCUUCUCCGAUCAAUUUGCUUCAGCUAAUCCAAUCCUAG